AUGCCUUCAUUACCUUCUCUCCCCUCCCAUUUGGCUUUACCUUCGGCAGCGCAACGAUGGAAAACGGUCUUGCUUGGUUCAUUGAACUUUUAUCGUAUUCAUCUUUUGGCUUUUACAAUAAUACCACUCAUCAUAUCAGGUAUAAUGUACGCUGCCAAUACUGAAUUUCAUAUUGAUUAUGUCGAUUGCCUUUUCUGCUGUAUGUCAGCUAUGACAGUAACCGGUUUAGCAACGAUAAAUCUCAGUACUUUGAGCAUAUUUCAACAAGUCUUGUUAUUCAUACAGAUGAUCAUAGGUAGUUUGUCUUUCGUGUCCAUUCUCAUGAUCAUCGUUCGACAGUACUUUUUCCGUCAAACAUUCAAGCACGUUCUUAAACAACGUCAAGCAAGAUCCAGAGGUUUCAAUCUCAGCAAGACGUUCUCCAGAGUCGGUACUAUGGGCCCGCCUCUGACAGCUAUCCGAAGGAAGUUUAGUGAUCUCGCAGGUAGAAAUAAAAAGGGCAACUUAGAUUCCAAGGACGGAUCGGAUGAAGCGAGGACCUCAACUCCAUCACUAGAGAUGAAGCCUGUACAGCCGCCAUCACCAAGAGGUUCUCAGCAAAAGCCUUCUAAGAAACAUGAGGAGCAUAAACCCAAAAAGAAAGGUCAUCAGAAGAUUCAUCCUGAUAUGAUCAAGAGGGUCUCAGGCGGUGGUGUUGGACUGAUUAAUCCGAUGGGAUGGUAUGAUGGCGAGAGAAUCGAGAUCAAAACUCCGGCUCCCACACCUGAACGUCGUGACGACCUACCGUUACCCUCAGAUAAUGGUGGAAUGCUUGGUCUAAGUUUAGAAGACGGCAGAGGUGUAGAGAAUGGUCAACAAUUGGAGGAUGCCCUUGAGAAAGCUGUUGUAGAUGGCAAAGCAGAAAGACAAGAACCAAGUGAAAGUGAGAGAGACGUGUUCACUGCGAGUCCAGGUCAAGUCACACCCGAAGAGCUACCCCCUUCACCAAAACGUAAAGUCCCCUAUGCGGGUCUCCAGCUCACAGAUGAUCCACGGGCUACUACGACGCAAAGAGAAGGUGGUGGAUUCACCCGUUCAGCGACUUUCAGAAGCGGCGCUGGUGAAAAUCGAUUCGCUCGUACAGCCACUAUACAGUCUGGAAGUGCAAAUCUGCCUCGCACGUAUACUCUUCGACCCAGUGUAUCACGAAAACCUGAUCCAAGAUUGUCCGGUUUCGGUGGAUUCCCAACACCGUUAGAAAUUGGUCAAAAACUCUUCAGAAAAGCUUUUCCUGAGGCCACCAAAAAUCUUACUAAAUCACUUACGAUGGCCAAGACCAUGACUGUACCUAGAACGAAUACCACCGUAGGUAGAGGUAGUGUGGCAGCAAGUGGAACUGAAAGAGAAGUACCGUAUAUAUCCUUCGCGGCCACUGUAGGCAGAAAUAGUAUGUUCCACAGUUUGACAAAAGAGCAGAUGGAUGAGCUGGGCGGUGUCGAAUAUAGAGCGUUAAGAGUGCUGUUGUACAUCGUGAUCGGUUAUGUCGUCUUUCUGCAAUUGGCAGCAUUUGUUAUAAUAGCUCCUUACAUCUCAGCUGGAGGCAGAUACGACCAUGUCUUCGAAAACCAACCAAAACAUGUUAGUAUACCAUGGUUUGCUCUUUUCCAAUCGGCAUCGGCAUUCUCAAAUCUAGGAAUGAGUUUGUGCGAUACCAGUAUGGUGCCUUUCCAAACAGCUUAUUUGAUGAUCGUCGUAACUAUCAUUCUCAUCUUUGCUGGAAAUACUGCAUAUCCAAUCUUCCUGCGCGCUACUGUUUGGGUAAUCUACAAAAUCGUGCCUAAAACCUCUCGAAUAUCAGAGUCACUAAAAUUCCUGCUAGAUCACCCAAGACGAUGUUUCGUUUAUUUGUUUCCUUCGACCCAAACAUGGGUGUUGCUAUUCGUCUUGACAGUUUUAACCAUGACCGAUUUCGUCAGUUUUAUGGUCUUGGAUAUCGGUACACCAACCAUCGAAGCUAUUCCUGUUGGGACCCGUAUCGUAGCAGGACUGCUGCAAUCUGCCGCUGUGAGAGCCGCAGGAUUCGGCAUUGUCGCUCUUGGUUCACUAGCACCAGCUGUGAAGGUCUUAUACGUUAUCAUGAUGUAUAUCUCUGUAUACCCUAUCGCGUUGUCCGUUCGAGCGACAAAUGUCUACGAAGAGAAGAGUUUAGGAUUAUUUGGGGAAGAGGACGAGGAUGAGGAGGGCGAAGAGAAUGAAGGUGAAGGUGCACAAGCUGUGGCUAAGUAUAUAGGAUGGCAUGCCAGGAGGCAGUUGGCUUUCGAUAUCUGGUGGCUUGGUUUCGCCCUUUGGCUCAUUUGUAUCAUUGAAAGAGGUCAUAUCAACAAUGAUGAACAGAACUUCAAUAUUUUCAACGUCAUAUUUGAGCUGGUUAGCGCUUAUGGUACUGUCGGAUUGAGUCUUGGUGUAUCCUAUGAUAAUUUCUCGUUCUCCGGCAGUUUUAGAAAGUUAUCAAAAUUAAUCAUGGUUGCUGUCAUGCUGCGUGGUCGUCAUCGAGGUUUACCGGUGGCUAUUGAUCGUGCUGUCAUGUUACCGAAAGAUUUCACCGCAGCGGAAGAAACAGCAUUUGAGGAAGAGCGGUCUCGACGGGCAUCCAGGCGAGGGAGUGUGCUAAGUGAAGACGUAUUCGGCAGUGGAAGAAGAGGAUCAUUUGGUAAUCUUUCGGCUAUCGGUAGAGAUUUAAGUCCAGUACAUGGACCAUUGUCAGCUUUACCAGGACAACACCAUCAUCAUAUACCUAAUCAACCUGGAACACAUCAACUCGGGCAUGCGCAUAAACGGUCAAACUCGUUUGGAGGAAAUUUACCUGUACCUGGAUCGCCUUCCAGUGGAAAUGGUGGAUUACAAUUCUCGUUACCGAAUCCAAGAGAAAGUAUGGAUAGACCAAAUUCAGGUGGAGGAGGAGGAGGCGGUGGUGGUGUUAGAGGCUUUCAGAGACCCGGACCAGCGACAGGGUCAUUAACUCCAGUGAAAGAAAGCUCAAUGUCACGGGAACCAACCGCAAUAGAUCAUCAUUACAAUAAUAACUCAAAUCAGAACGAUCGUGACCCUUUGGACGAAGAAGGUGAUUGGGACGAUAGUGCUAUAGUUUAG